AUGGGGGACACAGUGGAGGAAAAUGGGCUGGAAUAUGAAGAGGAUGAUGAGUUUAGUUUCCAAUACAUUGAAUUCAACGUGCCUGUAAAAAGAGCUACGGGUGAAAAAGCCCAGGAAGAGGUGGUCCCACUACGCAACGACAUCAUCGCCCUUUUAAUGCCGGGUGGGCCGAACCAGCGGGUGCUGAUUAAAGGCGCCGCAGUUGCGCUGCCGCUUUCUCCACCCGUCCUCCUCCCCGUCUCCCCGCCCCCUUCCCGUGUAGCGGGACUGGCCUUGAUACCCCUGCCCGCCCGCAUCUCCACCCUGCCGGACGCACUCUGCUCGGAGCCCAUUGUAUCCCCUCGCCCCGGGCUGCAGACUCCGAGGCCAGACUGUGGCGGGAAGAUCGGGGACCCCUAUGCGCCCCUCCAGCCGGUCCCACGAGCCGGGGCCCCUCCCCCGCCCGCCCUCCUUCCAAAGGCCAGCGCCCCGGAGUCGGCCCGCCUGCGCCCCGCAGCCCGCACCCGCACCCGCACCCGGCCGGCCAGCCGGGGGGCGCCUGCGCCGCGGUCCGGGGACCGCCAGUUCGCGUCGCCCGCCCGCUCCCGAUCUAGCUGCCCUCGGCUCGGCCGCUCCCGCUUCCUCGGCUUCUCGGACCCCGGACGCGGCGAGGCUGGUGUCCCGGCCGCGGCCCUGGCGCAGUCCGCCGCCUCCCGCUAG